AUGGGUGAGUUCAUCCAGGUGCUUGGUAUUUUGGAAGUGGACAUUGUGUACCAAGGACAACAGGGUACAGGGCAGCUGUUCGUGGUCAAGGGGGAAGGUCCAAGCUUGCUGGGAUGUGAUAUCUUGAGAAAAGUUCAUCUGAACUGGGAAAUAAAACACAUGACUGUAAUUGAGGACCUCCUGGAGAAAUAUGCUGAGGUAUUCAAGCAUGAGCUGGGCACGCUCAGGGGUACAGCUGUGAAAUUAUAUAUAGACCCCCAUGCAAAACCUCGAUUUUUCAAACCCCACCCAGUGCCAUAUGCCAUGAAGGCCAAGGUGGAAGCUGAGCUGGACCAGUUGCAGCAGCUGGGGGUCAUUGAGCCUCUGGCGUUCUCAGAUUGGGCAACCCCGAUUGUUCUGGUGCUUAAAGGGAAUGGGGGGGUGCAGUUAUGUGGGGACUAUAAACUAACAGUAAAUCAGGCCUCACAGUUGGAUACAUAUCCCUUACCUCGAGUGGAGGAUUUGUUUGCCACUCUAGCAGGAGGACAAACCUUUACAAAGCUGGACAUGAGUCAUGCGUAUCAGCAACUACUGUUGGAUGAGGACUCUAAGCAGUAUGUUACCAUCAACACCCACAAAGGAUUGUUUAAAUACAACAGACUGGUGUUUGGGGUGGCAUCCAGCCCAGCAAUCUUCCAACGCACCAUGGACAAUCUGCUCCAAAACAUUCCUGGUACAGCAGUCUAUUUGGAUGACAUUUUGGUCACGAGUAGGAUGGAUACCGAGCAUUUGGAAAACCUGGAGCAGCGCAACCAAGUGACAGCAAAGCAGAUUAAGAGGUGGACUGAGAGGGAUCCAGUUUUGUCACAGGUGCAGCGGUGGGUGCGACAGGGCUGGCCAGUAAAAAAGGGGAACGAAGUGUUUGAGCCUUAUGUGAAAUGUCAACUGGAGCUAAGUGUGCAGGAUGGUUGUCUCCUCUGGGGAUCCAGAGUGAUUGUUCCCCCUCCAGGGCACAGACAGGUGAUAGAGGAGUUGCAUGUGGCGCACCCAGGCACAUCACAGAUGAAAAGUCUCACCAGGUCAUUUGUGUGGUGGCCAGGAAUGGACAAGGCUCUGGAAGAUAACAUCAGAACAUGUUCACAAUGCCAGAAUAACCAAAAGUUGCCAGCACCAGCUCCACUACAUUCACGGGAGUGGCCAAGCCGUCCUUGGUCUCACCUUCACAUAGAUUUUGCGGGCCCGUUCAAAAGGCACAUGUUUCUAGUGCUGGUAGAUUCCCAUUCAAAGUGGCUAGAAGCACAUAUCAUGUCAAACAUCAUGGCCCCCACUACCGCAGAAAAACUCAGCAGUGUCUUUGCUACGCAUGGUUUACCAGAGGCAGUAGUGUUAGACAAUGGUCCCACUUUCACCAGUGAGGUUUUCCGAGAGUUUAUGGAGAAAAAUGGCAUCCGACAUGUCCACACAGCUCCGUAUCAUCUGGCCUCAAACGGCUUAGCGGAGCGAGCAGUGGAGACUCUGAAAGAGGGAUUGAGGAAGAUGUCGGGACAUUCAGUGGAAACUAAGCUAUCUCACUUCUUAUUCCAAUACCGGACUACCCCACACACGACAACCAGGGUGUCCCCAGUGGAGAUGUUGCUGGGGAGGAGACCUAAAUCUCACCUGGAUCUCCUUCACCCAGACAUAGGAGCAAAAGUUGUCCAGGGGCAGGAUAAGCAGAAAGAGCAGCGGAACAGACAUGCUAAAGUCAGACAUUUCCAACCAGGGGACAGUGUAUUUUUCAAGAACUUUACCCAGGAGCUGGCAUGGCUAUCCGGUGUCAUCGUGCAACAGACUGGACUGGUAUCUUUCAUAGUGGAUGGGGUGGAUGGCCAGCAGAUCCGUAGGCACCAGGAUCAUUUGCGGAGUUGCCCAGCGACUGCAGGGGAAUGGUUGUAG